AUGGAUCAAAAUCCUUGCAAACGUUGCUGUAAAACAGUGACACACGAUGAGAAUCACUCUUGCUUUCUUCUCGUUACAGAAUCUCGUUACAGACUUGAAAAUGAAAGCGAAACUUAUGAAAAAACUAUAGUUGUCACCGGAACAAAUGGUGUCGACAUACAGAAUCAAGGGGUAUUAGGUGCAUCAGACUUGAUAUAUGCAACAACUGAUGAAGAAUGUAAAAUGUGUGUUGAAGAGAGCAAAUGGCAGACUUUGAAUAAAGAUAAAAAGGGUUUUAUGGAUUCUAUAAAAUGUGUUAUCAGAAAUACUCUUUCAGAUAAUAAUAAUAUUUCUGAAGCUGAAAAUUCGACUGUGAAUCCUGAUCGGCUACCAGGAAGUAACGAGUCGGAAAAUGGCAAAAUGCAAGUGGUAGAUUAUGUCAAUGAUGAAAAGAUUUCACUACAAAUGCAUUCUCAGGGCCACAAUAAGAACGAGAAAAUGUCUAGCGACGAGAAGGAACCUAUUUCUUCCAAGGAAGAAGACAAUGCUGUGGCUGGACCUUCCGGAAUAUGUCCUCAUAAGAAGAAAUUUCCUAAGAUCUCCUGUAGGAAAGACACUCUUAAAACUAAUUAUCGAACGGGCACUGGCGACAAGCCGUUCAUGUGCAAUGUAUGUAAGAAAGAAUUCUCUCGGAAAGUAUAUCGCGACCGACAUUAUCUCACCCACACUGGCGAAAGACCUUUCGGGUGUGACUUCUGUGAAAAAAGUUUUGCUCGUAAGGGUGAUCUCAAGACACAUGUUAUGACUCACACCGGUGACAAACCUUUUGUGUGUGAUUUCUGUAAAAAGAGUUUCCCUCGAAAAGGUCAUCUUAAUAUACAUAUUCGGACCCAUACUGGAGAAAGGCCUUAUAAAUGCCCAAUUUGUGGAGUGGCUUUCUCGUCCAGCAGCGAUUGUAACAGAGUACUGACUUACGGUGAGCAUCAUCCUUGCGUAUUUUAUAAAAAUGAUGACAUCGUGUAUUCACUGCCAACGACAGGAAAUUCAGAUGAAGAUAAUGAAGAAGCCAAAGACAAAUGUACGGAAAAUUCGAAUGAGAAUUCUUUGUAUUUAAGUCAGUCUUUCCAGCAAAAGGAAAAUAAAGAAUCUGAGCUGAUUAAUUUAUCGCUGUAUCAACAUUAUGAAGAAUUUAAACCUCUUCCUCGAAAAGUAAAUAAGUACAGGAAUUCUGCAGAGUGCUCCGACAAUGCACAACUAUGUGAUCCUUGUGAUAUUUCUUAUUUUUAUCGCAUUUCAGAUGCUCAGGCGACUGAAGUGCAAGGCAAAAAAAACACAUCUUUUACAGCUUCUUCAGAAAACAUUGAAUCUGCUCAUAGACCUGAAAUCGUCCAUCGUGAAGCUUAUGAAGAGACGACAGUUUCAGCCGGGUCAAGUGGUUUUCAGAUACAAAAUCAAAGUGCAUCAGGUGUAUCAGACCUGCUCUAUGCAACAACGGAUGAAGAAUUUAAAACGUCUCUUGAAAAUAGCAAAUGGCAAACUUUGAAUUACGAUAAAAAAAAAUUUAUUGAUUCUCUAGAAUGUGUCGUCAAAACAGGUCAUUCAGAAAGUAAAAGUAUUUCUGGAAAUGAAAAUUUGAUUUUGAGGAAUGUGUCAGAGAGUUUAAAUCAUAAAAAUAUUUCACCUGAAAUGCAUUCUCAAGGUCACAAUAAUAAGAAGAAAAUAAGUACCGACUUGAAGGAACCUAUCUCUACCAAGGAGGAUGACAAUGCUGUGGCUGGUCCUUCCGGAUUCUGUUCUGGUAAGAAGAAAUUUCCUAAGAACUCUUGUAAGAAAGACACUCCUAAGACGAAUUAUCGAACAGGCACUAGCGAGAAGCGCGAUAUAUGCAAGAAGCAGUUCUCUCAAAAAUCAGGUCUCAACCUACAUUACAUAACCCACACAGGCAAAACGCCUUAUGCAUGUGAUGUAUGCGGAAAAGAAUUUACUCGGAAAAUAGAUCGCGACAGACAUCAUCGAACCCAUACCGGUGAGAGACCUUUCGUGUGCUACGUCUGCAAUAAAGGUUUUGCUCGAAAGGUUACUCUUAAGAAUCAUGUUAGGACUCAUACUGGCGAAAAGGCUUUUGUAUGUGAUGUUUGUAAUAAAGCUUUCGCUCAAAAGGGUACUCUUAAGAGACAUGUUAGGACUCACACUGCCGAAAAACCUUUUGUAUGUGAAGUUUGUAAUGAAGCUUUCGCUCAAAAAGGUAAUCUUAAAACACAUGCUCGUACCCACACUGGAGAAAAGCCGUUUGUAUGUGAUGUUUGUAAUGAAGCUUUCGCUCGAAAGGGUACUCUUAAAACACAUGCUCGUACCCACACUGGAGAAAAGCCUUACAAAUGUCCAUUUUGUGGAAAAACUUUCACGACUGGCAGCUCUUGCAAUUUGCAUCAGAGGAGCGCGCAUAAGUGA